CUUCCCACCCACCCACCCCACCCCGGCCUAGAUCAUCGUCCUGACUUUUGGCAAGUUUGACGUGGAGUUCGACACCUACUGCCGCUACGACUACGUGGCCGUCUUCAACGGCAGGGAGCAAGACGACUCGCGCCGCGCGGGCAAGUUCUGUGGCGACAAGUCGCCCAGCUCCAUCCGCUCGGAUGGCAACGAGCUUCUGGUCCAGUUCGUCUCGGAUCUCAGCGUCACGGCCGACGGGUUCUCGGCUUCGUACGUGAUGAAAAGCCGCGACGAGCCGGAAAGCGCCACCAAGGCCCAGCCGGUCAUCCCGGUGUUCCCCGGCUCCAAACCCACGCAGAGCAGCGGGAAGCCUGCGCCCCCCGCUAAGGCCGACCCCCCCAGCAAACCCGCAGGCCGACCCAAGCCGGCUCCGCGCCCCAAACCGACAGCCCGAGCUCGUCCCGAUACCGUAGGCCCCACAGAACCCCCUGCAGGUGAGACCACCUGCCCGCAACGCUGCAAACGGACGGGGACCCUGCAGUCCAACUUCUGCGCCAGCGACUUUGGUGAGCUGCCCUUCCCUUCCCCGGUGGGGGGAGACACCCCACCCCCCC